AUGUUGGCCAAAGCUUCCGCGUUGGCGGUGCUGCUUGCCGUGGCCGUGGCCUCGUCGGCCGCGGCCUCUGUGCGAGUUGCAGCGCCGACUUAUCCCUGCUUCUGGAAGUCGGGCUAUGCCGUGGAUUCUCAGCAGGAGAUCCGCUUCACGUUUGCGCUUAAGCAGCGCAACCUGGACCAGCUGGCUGAGAUUGCGCUCGCUGUGUCCGAUCCCACCUCGAGCAAGUACGGCCAGUACUUGACCACGGAGCAAAUCGCCGAUCUGACUGCCCCCCGCCCCGAGCACAUGGCUGCUGUCAUCCAGUGGCUCGAGGCGAACAAGGUUGCCUUUAGCGUGCGCCUUCACAACGUGGAGGUCAUCUGCACCGUCGCUCAAGCUGAGGCCCUGCUGGACACCACCUUUGCCCUGGCCAAGAGUGAGAAGUACGGUCAAUCAAAGAUCCAUGCCGGUGCCUACACGCUGCCAGCGGAGAUUGCCGACGCCGUCGAGACGGUGUUUGGCCUGCAUGGUCUCCCCAUCCCACCCCGCGAAUCUGUGCGCAGUGUGGGCGAUGUUGUCGCCGUCACCCCGGCUGUCAUUGCCCAGUCGUACAAUGUUUCUGGCGCCACUGUGAACCGCAACGGCUCCAACAUCCAGGCCGUGGCCGAGUUCCAGGCCCAGUACAUGAACAAGAAUGACCUGGUGUCCUUCUUCAAGGCCGAGGUUCCCAAGGCCCAGACGGGUGACGAUCAGGUUGCCAAGUUUGUGGGCUCCCCCUACGUUGAGGGCUCGUCUGUGGAGGCCGCCCUGGACAUCCAGUUCAUCAUGGGUGUGGCCGAUGGCGUGGCCACGCAGUUUUGGGAGUUUCCCAACAACGACUUUUGCAACGACUUGAACGUGUAUACGACCGAGCUCCUCACCACUGCCGACGUGCCCCUGGUCAACUCCAUCUCUUAUGGUUGGCAGGGUGACCUGGACCAGCUCUCUUGCCAGGACAAGGACCUCCAAGCCGUGGAUAGCAACUGGGCCAAGCUUGCCGCCAAGGGCAUCUCCGUCCUGAUCUCCUCUGGCGACUCUGGUUCGGGCUUCACCGAGCCUCAGUGCGACCCCUCCAAGCCCGGCGAGAAGGGCGUCGAAGUGACCAAGGGCGAGCUCCAGACUACCGAGAAUGCCGAGGCCUAUGAGUGCUGUGCCAUGGCUCAGCAGACCGGUGCGCCGGGCUGGACCUGGUAUCCCCCCAGCAACGCCGUGCAGGCCAAGAUGGCCGCGCCGGCUCCUCGCGCGCUUGGUUUCACCGACGCCGACUACCACUGCGAGGUGACAGAGGACGCCAAGUACUUCAAGUCACGCGACGUGUACAUCUUGAACGGUGAUGUCUCCGUCAGCGGUGGCAAGGUCAAGGUGCACUGCCCCAACGGCACCAUUGCCGACACCUACAUUGAUUUCGGCGCCGAAUACUCUGGUGCGGGCGAUGAGAAGCUGCGCAACUUUACCAUGUCUGCACGCGCUGGCCUGCUGAAGCACGCCAAGUUUGGCGGCACUGCUCUCUACCUGGAUGGCGAGACAACUCCCCUGGAGCUGCGUUUCACCGACCCCUACACUCAAGAACUCAAGGCCGUCUUCGCCAGCGGCCCCAACCCCCCACCACCACCGCCUCAGGGUACCUGCAAGAUUUACAAAACCGUGACGGCGACGGCCAAUGUUUCCUCCAGCAUCAUUUCUGGUGGCUCUGCCGUCCUCCCUCCUUCCCAGCUGCCCACCCUGUUCCCGUCGUGGCCUGCCUCCUCACCCUGGGUGACGGCUGUCGGUGCCACCCGCUUUGUGGGUGAGGCUGGCUCAGAGCAGAUGGCCUCGGACCAGUUUGGCAGCGGUGGUGGCUUCUCCUUCCGCUUUUCCAAUGCCAACGCCACGUGGCAGCAGAAGGUGGUGGCAGCGUACGUGGCUCAGGGCCGUUCGCUCGCCAACUUUCCUCCGGCCAACUCCUUCCCUGCCACGGGCCGUGCUACUCCCGACGUCUCGGGUCUGGGCGAGGGCUACCAGGUCUACGUGAAUGGCGAGGUGGAGCCUGUCGGCGGUACCUCGGCCUCCUGCCCCAUGUUUGCUGCGCUCAUCUCCCUCAUCAACGAGGAGCGUCUUGCAGCGGGCAAGCCCCAGAUGGGCUACCUCAACCCGUUCUUGUACCAAAACUCGGAUGCCUUUACGGACAUUGUCAAGGGCACCAACGCCAUUGGUCGCGGCGGUGAGCAGCUCAAGUACGGCUUUGCUGCCGCCGAGGGUUGGGAUGCCGCUACGGGUCUCGGCACUCCCAUUUUCAGCAAGCUCCUGCCCGCGGCCAUGGCUGCAGCCCGUGACUUGUAAAAAAAAAGGUGCCUUCCUUGUUUGGUGGCUUUUUAGUCACUGCAAGCGAGACGUGUGAGUUGAGCCGAUCGGAGGGGCGGUGGCCAUUUUAUGUUUCUUCUCUUUUUUUCUUGUCGCUGCUCUCCUGAACUGGGCCGACGUGCGCCUUCUUGUCGCCUGGUCGCGCUGAUUCUUUGCUUUCAGUCGUGACGUUGGAAUUGAUUCAUCCCUGCUUGG